GUGUUUCUGCAGGGGUCCAGGGAGGCUUCAUCACGGGGAACAGCCAUGGAGGGGGACUGUCUCAGCUGCAUCAAGUACCUCAUGUUCAUCUUCAACUUCCUCAUUUUUUUAGGAGGCUCCUUCCUGCUUGGUGUGGGUGUGUGGGUACUGGUGGACCCUAUGGGCUUCAGGGAGAUGGUAGCAGCCAACCCUCUGCUCUUCACUGGGGUCUACAUCAUCCUGGCCAUGGGGGCGAUGCUCUUCCUCCUCGGCUUCCUGGGCUGCUGCGGAGCCAUCCGGGAGAACAAGAGUCUGCUGCUCUUUUUCUUCAUGUUCAUCCUGGUCAUCUUCCUGGCAGAGUUGGCAGCAGCCAUCUUGGCCUUCAUAUUCCGGGAGCAUCUCACCAGAGAGAAGUUCACCAGAGAUCUGAAGAGACAAUACCAGGGACACAACCACACGGACGUCUUCACCUCCACCUGGAACGCCCUCAUGACCACCUUUGACUGCUGUGGGGUGAACAGCCCGGAUGACUUUGAGGAGAGCCUGUUCAGGCUCCUCAGCCCAGACAAGAUGGUUCCUGGGGUGUGUUGCCAGGGCAACGGUCACCCUGGAGAUGUGGUGGAUGACCUCAGCAGGGACGAGUGUCAGAGGGGAAGCAUGGAGCUCCUCUACAACAAGGGUUGUUACUCAGCAGUGGUGGACUAUUUUGAGACGUAUAUCUACAUGGCAGGAGCUCUGGCCAUUGUCGUCUUGACGAUUGAACUGUUUGCCAUGGUGUUUGCCAUGUGUCUGUUCAGAGGAAUCGACCAGUAACCCUGACAACACACACAACCCCCAGGAAGACACUCAACAAAGGGACACGAACUGACGAAGGAGAAGAGAGCCUGAAGAUAACCACCUGUAGAUUAUACAUCAGAUGUUAGAAGAAUAGAGACUGUAGAUUAUACAUCAGAUGUUCUGAGAAUAGAGACUGUAGAUUAUACAUCAGAUGUUAGGAGAAUAGAGACUGUAGAUUAUACAUCAGAUGUUCGGAGAAUAGAGACUGUAGAGAACCACCUGUAGAUUAUACAUCAGAUGUUCUGAGAAUAGAGACUGUAGAUUAUACAUCAGAUGUUCGGAGAAUAGAGACUGUAGAUUAUACAUCAGAUGUUCGGAGAAUAGAGACUGUAGAGAACCACCUGUAGAUUAUACAUCAGAUGUUCUGAGAAUAGAGACUGUAGAUUAUACAUCAGAUGUUCGGAGAAUAGAGACUGUAGAUUAUAAAUCAGAUGUUAGGAGAAUAGAGACUGUAGAUUAUACAUCAGACGUUAGGAGAAUAGAGACUGUAGAUUAUACAUCAGACGUUAGGAGAAUAGAGACUGUAGAUUAUACAUCAGAUGUUAGGAGAAUAGAGACUGUAGAUUAUAAAUCAGAUGUUCGGAGAAUAGAGACUAAAGAUAACCACCUGUAAAUUAUACAUCAGAUGUUAGGAGAAUAGAGACUGUAGAUUAUACAUCAGCUGUUAGGAGAACAGAGACUGUAGAUUAUACAUCAGCUGUUAGGAGAAUAGAGACUGUAGAUUAUACAUCAGACGUUAGGAGAAUAGAGACUGUAGAUUAUACAUCAGAUGUUAGGAGAAUAGAGACUGUAGAUUAUACAUCAGACGUUAGGAGAAUAGAGACUGUAGAUUAUACAUCAGAUGUUAGGAAAAUAGAGACUGUAGAUUAUACAUCAGAUGUUAGGAGAAUAGAGACUGUAGAUUAUACAUCAGAUGUUAGGAGAAUAGAGACUGUAGAUUAUACAUCAGAUGUUAGGAGAAUAGAGACUGUAGAUUAUACAUCAGAUGUUAGGAGAAUAGAGACUGUAGAUUAUAAAUCUGAUGUUAGGAGAAUAGAGACUGUAGAUUAUACAUCAGAUGUUCGGAGAAUAGAGACUGUAGAUUAUACAUCAGAUGUUAGGAGAAUAGAGACUGUAGAUUAUACAUCAGAUGUUCGGAGAAUAGAGACUGUAGAUUAUACAUCAGAUGUUAGGAGAAUAGAGACUGUAGAUUAUACAUCAGAUGUUCGGAGAAUAGAGACUGUUGAUUAUACAUCAGAUGUUAGGAGAAUAGAGACUGUAGAUUAUACAUCAGAUGUUCGGAGAAUAGAGACUGAAGAGAACCACCUGUAGAUUAUACAUCAGAUGUUCUGAGAAUAGAGACUGUAGAUUAUACAUCAGAUGUUCUGAGAAUAGAGACUGUAGAUUAUACAUCAGAUGUUCGGAGAAUAGAGACUGAAGAGAACCACCUGUAGAUUAUACAUCAGAUGUUAGGAGAAUAGAGCCUAGAGGUAAACACUUGUAGAUUAUAAAUCAGAUGUACAGUAUUUGUCUUUUAAUGUUUCAGGUUUGAUGAUAGGAGGACAGUGACCUGUACUUCACAGCUGGACCUCUGAGGUGCUGCUCAGGCCAGGACAUUGUAGACCAGGGCUGGGAGGUCAAUUCUAUUCCAAAUCAGAAAUGUUCCACAUUGAAAAGUAGAAAAAAGGAGAAUUGUAAUUUCAGUUGUACUUCCUGAAUUGACUGAUUUGAAAUGGAAUUAAGCCCAGCCCUGUUAUAGACACACAGCGUGAAGAGACACCAGGAGUUACUGUAUUAGGACAGGAACAGGCCCAUGUCCCUCUGCACUGUUACAUUAGUGCAGCACAGUCUGAACAGGAGUUACUGUAGUAGGACAGACACAUGCCCAUGUCCCUCUGCACUGUUACAUUAGUGCAGCACAGUCUGAACAGGAGUUACUGUAACAGGACAGGAACAUGUCCCUCUGCACUGUUACAUUAGUGCAGCACAGUCUGAACAGGAGUUACUGUAACAGGACAGACACAUGCCCAUGUCCCUCUGCACUGUUACAUUAGUGCAGCACAGUCUGAACAGGAGUUACUGUAGCAGGACAGACACAUGCCCAUGUCCCUCUGCACUGUUACAUUAGUGCAGCACAGUCUGAACAGGAGUUACUGUAGUAGGACAGGAACAUGUCCCUCUGCACUGUUACAUUAGUGCAGCACAGUCUGAACAGGAGUUACUGUAGCAGGACAGACACAUGCCCAUGUCCCUCUGCACUGACUCUAACCUGAGUGCCAGUCUGCUUGUACUAUCAUGCCAACUCCCUGUCACACUGACCCUAGCCUGAGUGCCAGUCUGUUUGUACUAUCAUGCCAACUCCCUGUCACACUGACCCUAGCCUGAGUGCCAGUCUGUUUGUACUAUCAUGCCAACUCCCUGUCACACUGACCCUAGCCUGAGUGCCAGUCUGUUUGUACUAUCAUGCCAACUCCCUGUCACACUGAUCCUAGCCUGAGUGCCAGUCUGCUUGUACUAUCAUGCCAACUCCCUGUCACGCUGACCCUAGCCUGAGUGCCAGUCUGUUUGUACUAUCAUGCCAACUCCCUGUCACACUGACCCUAGCCUGAUUGCCAGUCUGUUUGUACUAUCAUGCCAACUCCCUGUCACACUGACCCUAGCCUGAUUGCCAGUCUGUUUGUACUAUCAUGCCAACUCCCUGUCACACUGACUCUAGCCUGAGUGCCAGUCUGUUUGUACUAUCAUGCCAACUCCCUGUCACACUGACCCUAGCCUGAGUGCCAGUCUGUUUGUACUAUCAUGCCAACUCCCUGUCACACUGACCCUAGCCUGAGUGCCAGUCUGUUUGUACUAUCAUGCCAACUCCCUGUCACACUGACUCUAGCCUGAGUGCCAGUCUGUUUGUGCUAUCAUGCCAACUCCCUGUCACACUGACCCUAGCCUGAGUGCCAGUCUGUUUGUACUAUCAUGCCAACUCCCUGUCACACUGACUCUAGCCUGAGUGCCUGUCUGUUUGUACUAUCAUGCCAACUCCCUGUCACACUGACCCUAGCCUGAGUGCCAGUCUGUUUGUACUAUCAUGCCAACUCCCUGUCACACUGACCCUAGCCUGAGUGCCAGUUUGUUUGUGCUAUCAUGCCAACUCCCUGUCACACUGAUCCUAGCCUGAGUGCCAGUCUGUUUGUACUAUCAUGCCAACUCCCUGUCACAUUGACCCUAGCCUGAGUGCCAGUCUGUUUGUACUAUCAUGCCAACUCCCUGUCACACUGACCCUAGCCUGAGUACCAGUCUGUUUGUACUAUCAUGCCAACUCCCUGUCACACUGACCCUAGCCUGAGUACCAGUCUGUUUGUACUAUCAUGCCAACUCCCUGUCACACUGACCCUAGCCUGAGUGCCUGUCUGUUUGUACUAUCAUGCCAACUCCCUGUCACACUGACCCUAGCCUGAGUACCAGUCUGUUUGUACUAUCAUGCCAACUCCCUGUCACACUGACCCUAGCCUGAGUGCCUGUCUGUUUGUACUAUCAUGCCAACUCCCUGUCACACUGACCCUAGCCUGAGUACCAGUCUGUUUGUACUAUCAUGCCAACUCCCUGUCACACUGACCCUAGCCUGAGUGCCAGUCUGUUUGUACUAUCAUGCCAACUCCCUGUCACACUGACUCUAGCCUGAGUGCCUGUCUGUUUGUACUAUCAUGCCAACUCCCUGUCACACUGACCCUAGCCUGAGUGCCAGUCUGUUUGUACUAUCAUGCCAACUCCCUGUCACACUGACCCUAGCCUGAGUGCCAGUUUGUUUGUGCUAUCAUGCCAACUCCCUGUCACACUGAUCCUAGCCUGAGUGCCAGUCUGUUUGUACUAUCAUGCCAACUCCCUGUCACACUGACCCUAGCCUGAGUACCAGUCUGUUUGUACUAUCAUGCCAACUCCCUGUCACACUGACCCUAGCCUGAGUGCCAGUCUGUUUGUACUAUCAUGCCAACUCCCUGUCACACUGACCCUAGCCUGAGUACCAGUCUGUUUGUACUAUCAUGCCAACUCCCUGUCACACUGAUCCUAGCCUGAGUACCAGUCUGUUUGUACUAUCAUGCCAACUCCCUGUCACACUGAUCCUAGCCUGAGUACCAGUCUGUUUGUACUAUCAUGCCAACUCCCUGUCACACUGACCCUAGCCUGAGUACCAGUCUGUUUGUACUAUCAUGCCAACUCCCUGUCACACUGAUCCUAGCCUGAGUACCAGUCUGUUUGUACUAUCAUGCCAACUCCCUGUCACACUGAUCCUAGCCUGAGUACCAGUCUGUUUGUACUAUCAUGCCAACUCCCUGUCACACUGACCCUAGCCUGAGUGCCAGUCUGUUUGUACUAUCAUGCCAACUCCCUGUCACACUGACCCUAGCCUGAGUACCAGUCUGUUUGUACUAUCAUGCCAACUCCCUGUCACACUGAUCCUAGCCUGAGUACCAGUCUGUUUAACGGCGUUCCUCUUCCUCUUCAUCCGAAGAGGAGGAGCAGGGAUUGAACCAAAAUGCAGCAUCGUGAUAUGACAUGAUUUAUUAAAGUAAAGACGAAAAAACACGAAAACACUUUAACAAACUACAAAACAACAAACGACGUAGACGCACCUGAACAUAAGAACUUACAUGACACGAAGAACGCAUGAAACAGGAACAGACUACAUAAACCGAACGAACGAACAAACAAACCGAAACAGUCCCGUGUGGCGUAACAUACACAGACACUGACACAGGAGACAACCACCCACAAACAAACAAUGUGACACCACCUACCUUAAUAUGAUUCUCAAUCAGAGGAGAUGAAAACCACCUGCCUCUAAUUGAGAACCA